GCUGCAAAUUGUGGAUAUUUUGAAUAGCCUCAAAGAAAAGCCAGAUGUCGGAACACUACUACUGGCACUACAGAGGACCCUUGAGUUUGAGGAAGAGUUAGCUGACAAAUUUGGAGGAAACAAAACUUCUCGAGAAAAAGAUUUUGGAAAUGAUGAAGAAUUGGAUGAGGCUAAAAAUAAGAACCAAAUUGUCUCGGAUAUCAGGAGAAAAUAUGAAAAAAAGCUCGCCAUGCAUGAUGGAGGUGGAAUGGAGCUAAAGGACAAGAAUAAAGACUCUUUCGUGCCUGGUGCCGGGUUUAACUUCCACGGUAUAAUUUCCUCCUGUUUUGAGCCGCAUUUAGCUGUUUAUGUGGAACUUGAGGAGAAGACCCUUAUGGAGCAUCUGGAGAAACUUGUUCAGGAAGAAACUUGGGAAACUGAAGAGGGAAGUCAGACAAACAUUCUAUCAAGUAGCAUGCAGGUAUUCUUAAUAAUACGGAGAAGCUUAAAACGGUGCAGUGCAUUGACCAAGAAUCAAACACUGUUUAGCUUGUUCGAGGUAUUCCGAAAAAUUCUCAAAGCAUAUGCAACAAAAUUAUAUGCUAAACUACCCAAAGGAGGUAUUGGUAUUGUUGCAGCUGCUACUGGCAUGGAUGUGCAGAUAAAGAUGUCUGACAGAGAUGAGAGAAUGAUAUGCUAUAUAGUUGAUACAGCAGAGUACUGCCACAAGACGUCCGGCGAGCUUGCAGAAAAUGUCUCGAAGCUCAUUGAAUCUCAAUAUGCAGACAAGGUGGACAUGUCUGAAGUUCAGGAUGAGUAUUCUGCAGUUAUAACAAAAGCUUUGUUGACAUUAGUACAUGGUAUUGAAACUAAGUUUGAUGCUGAAAUGGUUGCAAUGACACGUGUUCCAUGGGCUAGCCUUGAAAGCGUUGGUGAUCAAUCAGAGUAUGUCAAUGGCAUAAACUCCAUUCUUACUAGCAGUAUUCCUACUCUUGGAAGCCUUCUUUCUUCCACUCAUUUUCAAUUUUUCUUGGAUAAGUUAGCAGCUUCUCUUGGCCCUCGGUUCUACCUGAAUAUUUAUAAGUGCAGGCACAUAUCAGAAACUGGGGCACAGCAGAUGUUGUUGGACACUCAGGCUGUGAAAACAAUCCUUCUAGACAUCCCUACCUUAGGGAAACAGUCUACUGUUGCUGCUGGCUAUUCUAAGUUCGUAAAUCGUGAAAUGAGCAAAGCGGAAGCACUCCUGAAGGUUAUAUUAUCCCCUGUUGACUCUGUUGCUAAUACAUACCGAGCAUUGCUUCCCGAGGGCACGCCAUUGGAGUUUCAAAGAAUACUUGAACUCAAGGGUUUGAAGAAAGCUGAUCAGCAGAACAUCUUGGAUGACUUCAACAAACACAGUCCAGGCAUCAAUCACCCAUCCAUUCCUCCCUCGGUCGUCCUGCCAACUCAGCCAGAUUCCUCGGCUAUUCCACAGAACAUAAUAGCUGCCGCCGCUGCAGCCGCCGUCUCCGCUGCCACCGCCACUGCUUCCAUGGCCACAGCUGCUUCAGGAACGGCCAUUACAUCUCGAGAAGAUGUGCUGACUCGUGCCGCUGCUCUAGGCAGAGGAGCAGCCACCACAGGCUUCAAGAGGUUCCUUGCCUUAACUGAGGCUGCCAAAGAUCGUAAGGAUGGGCCUUUCAGGAAGCUUUUCAAUCCUUAAUAUAUUCUUGUUUAGUUGCUCACUGCAAUUUUUUUAUUUUUGUGGGUCUGAAUAGAUUUAUUAUCUGUGAAAUUAAUUUAAUUUUUUGGCUUAAAUAAGAGAUUAAAUAAUUGAGUAUUUUUUCAAUUUAUUUCACCGAGCAGUGAUGUGUGAAGAAUAUGAGGUAUUGUGAGUGAAUGUUGAUUGCUGCUUAGUCUUGUUUGAUACUGGUGUAUAGAGGUGUAUAUGGGCGGAAGCUUGAGCGAUCUCAAUGUUUGUUCUUUUUUUUCUUGAAUGGGUUGUGAAUGAUA